AUGGCGCAAAUACGCGGCACUGCGGGCUACAAUCUCGGCCACCAGAAUCCAUUUGCGAACGGGCCUGGCAGACAAGACGCCACCAGCGACCCGAGUCCGUUAGAUGCAAUCCGUGAGCAGACCAGCAAAAUCGAGGACUGGCUGGACACUCUGUCCGACCCGAUCAAGCCAUAUGUCCCUGCAAUUGGCCGAUUCCUCAUUGUCGUUACGUUCCUGGAGGACUCGCUCCGCAUCGUCACGCAAUGGAACGACCAGUUAUUGUUUCUCCGGGAUUACCGACACAUUCCCUGGGGUAUCACGCAUCUCUUCCUGAUUUUCAACGUCAUUGCCAUGCUUGCUUCGUCGUUCUUGGUCAUCGCGCGCAAACACACGGAAUACGCAGUGGGUGGGCUGUUGGGUGUUGUCGUGACGCAGGCUCUCGGAUACGGUCUGAUUUUCGACCUCAACUUCUUCCUUCGCAACCUUAGCGUGAUUGGCGGUCUGCUGUUGGUCGUGUCCGAUUCGUGGGUGCGUAAGAAGUAUAUGCCCGCUGGUCUGCCGCAGCUCGACGAGAAGGACCGCAAGAUGUACGUGCAACUGGCCGGCCGGGUGCUGUUGAUCUUGCUGUUUGUCGGCUUUGUGCUGGCUGGCCAAUGGUCAUUUUGGCGCGUGCUUGUCAGUCUGGUUGGAUUCGUCGCUUGCGUUAUGGUUGUCGUUGGUUUCAAGGCCAAGAUGAGCGCCGUCAUUCUUGUUAUCUUGUUGAGCGUGUUCAACGUGCUGGUCAACAACUUCUGGACGCUCAAACCUCAUCAUCCCAAUAAGGACUUUGCCAAAUACGACUUCUUCCAGGUUUUGUCUAUUGUCGGUGGUCUACUUCUCCUCGUCAACAUGGGACCCGGUCAGUUCAGCGUCGACGAGAAGAAAAAAGUCUAUUAA